CAGCCGUGAGAAGCUCCGUUCAGCUCCGAGCUCAGCCCCGGGAGCCUCCCAGCACCAGGAUGGUUUCCUUCAUCCUCUGCCUUCUCCCUGCUCUCCUAGCUACGAGUGCACAAGCAUCAACUCUGACAUGCAAAACCUGCUCUGGUUCAGCAGACGCCUGCCGUACUGCUCAAGGGACCUGCAGAGUAGACGAGGCUACAGGUGGCUGCUAUUCGAUGGCAGAAGACUUUACAACGGAAGGGGAAAAGACCACGGGCUUCGCCAGUGCCUGUUUAGAUAACUAUAAUAUUGGCAUAAAAGGCCCCGUCACUGUCACUCUUGGGAAUGGCACGUAUCUGCGGAUCAACACCACAUUGUGCAACACAGACAAUAAUUGUAACUCGCCUGUACCGGAAGUGCCCACGGGGAGCACCACUGAGAACGGGCUGCAGUGUCCAACCUGCCUGGAUCUGAAUUCUGCUACCUGCAACAGCAUAAUCACCCCUUGUGCAGGGGAUGAGACCUAUUGCAUCGCUUUCACUGGGACGAUACUGAAUGGUAAAUGCUGCCAGCUGGCCGCAGUGCGGAGCUACCCCGGGAAUCUCACACCCCAGGAACUCCCCAGAGAGCUGGUGAAACCUAGAGUCUGUGCUGAGGCCUUGGGUUCAUCUCGUUGGUCAUUGGCUGGAAAAGGCUGCGCUACAGCAUCUGCUCAGGACAUAACACCUAGAACCUUCCUGGCUCCAGGACCCGACCAAUACCUCUUUUCAGUGACAAUCUACAUUCCGGGGAAGAAAACACCCACCGCUCCCUCCCCUACAAAUACCGCCCUCUCCAAAACAACCCGCAGUGGGGCCGGCCCGGCUCUGGGGAAAUUCUCCUUUGCCCUCUACCUGCCUGGCCUGAUUGGGCUGCUGCUGGUGAAACUGCUCUCCUGA